GAAGCACAGCUGGCCAUGGCACUGCAACAGUCCAUAAGGGACAAGGAGGAGGAGGAGGAGGAUGAAGAGGAAGCACAGCUGGUGAUGGCACUGCAGCGAUCCAUGAAGGAGAUGAAGGAGGAGGAGGAAGAGGAGGAUGCGCAGCUGGCACUGGCACUGCAACGGUCCAUAAGGGACAAGGAUGAGGAGGAGGAUGAGGAGGAAGCACAGCUGAUGUUGGCACUGCAAUGCUCCAUAAGGGACAAGGAGGAAGAGGAGGAAGAGGAGGAGGAAGAAGCACAGCUGGCCAUGGCAAUGCAGCGCUCCAUAAUGGAAAAGAAAGAGGAUGAUGAUGGUGAGGAGGAAGCCCAACUGGCAAUGGUACUACAGCUCUCUAUGAAGGACAAGAAAGAGGAGGAGGAUGAUGAUGAUGGUGAAGAGGAAGCUCAACUGGCCCUGGCACUGCAGCGCUCCAUGAAGGAGAAGAAGGAGAAGGAGCAGGAUGAGGUAGAGGAGGAAGCCCAGCUGAUGUUGGCACUGCAGCUCUCUAUGAAGGACAAGAAAGAGGAUGAUGAUGAUGAAGAGGAUGCCCAGUUGGCCAUGGCACUGCAGCGCUCCAUAAGGGACAAUGAUGAUGAUGAUGAUGAUGAUGAUGAUGGUGGUGGUGAGGAAGCACGGCUGGCCAUGGCACUUCAGCGCUCCAUAAUGGAAAAGAAAGAGGAUGACGAUGAUGAAGAGGAAGCACAGCUGGCCCUGGCACUGCAGCGCUCCAUAAAGGACAAUGAUGAUGAUGAUGAUGGUGGUGAGGAUGAUGAAGAAGAGGAUGCCCAGCUGGCCCUGGCACUGCAGCUCUCCAUAAAGGACAAGGAAGAGGAGGAUGUUGAUGAUGAUGAUGAUGAUGAUGAUGAUGAUGAUGAUGAUGAUGAUGAUGAUGAUGAUGAUGAUGAUGAUGGUGAGGAAGCUCAGCUGGCCCUGGCACUGCAGCGCUCUAUGAAGGACAAGAAAGAGGAGGAUGAUGAUGAUGAUGAUGAUGAUGACGAUGAUGACGAUGAUGAAGAUGAAGAUGAAACCCACCCAUCCCCACAUCUCCCCCCUACUCUCCCCCUCUCUUCCACCACAUCCUCCCUGGAUUGCUCCCUUCGGGCGGCGGCGUCUGACCGCGCUGAGCUUCGUUUGGUCGCCGUUUCGGAGCGGGAUGGGGUGGCGGCGGCGGCGGCGCUGCGGGCGGCGCUACGUGCCGAGCUGCGGACGGUGCUGGUGAGGGACCGGGCGCUGCCGCGGGUGCCGUCGGUGUGCGUAGAGCUGCUGGCGCGGAGACACGGAGUGUGGAUACGGAGCCGGGGAUGCGGAGCCGCCGUGACCGGCUUCGGGGACGUCGUGGGGACGGCGGAGACGGAGCUGAGGGAGCUGCUGAGGGGAGCAGGACGGGGUGGAAGGUGGAGAAAAGGCCCGGAGUCGGAGGGCCCAGAGGAGUCGGUUCGGUUGCUGACGUUGGAUGAAGGCUCCAAGGAGUUCGAUGACGCCGUGAGCCAUUUCUAUGGCACCCUGCAGGAGCUGCGCGGCCGCAUCCGCGUCAUCAGGUGCUACGGGAAUGGGGGGCGCCAU